GGUUCGAGUAUGUGAGAUUUGUGUUUUGAAACAUUGCACCUUUUGAUCCUUUUUUCCGGAAGAUAUUUUAAAUUAUAGACAACGUCUUUUAACAUGCCAACCGGUGGCUCAUCCGAUUUCAACGAUUCCAUAUCGGAUAGAGUGUCUUCCACUAGAAUUGAUCCUGUGCGUAUAUCAGACAAUUCGAGCCGUGAACGCCGAGCGACGCGCCUUCGGAGGCAGAAUGCAUUUGACAUUGAUAGUGUUGACAUUGACCUAGAAGAUCCAGCAUCCGAAUCACCAAGCACCGUGUCUUAUGAUCAACCAAAUUAUAGCGGAGGUGAAUCACAGCUGACCCGAACACGGAACAAAAGUCGUCGUAUCAAUCGAUAUCAUCCCUUUGACUUGGCUAUCCGACAAAUUCGUCAAAUCCAAAGCACUACCACACUUUUGAUUCCCAGGCAACCGUUCGAGCGAUUAGUUCGUGAAAUAGCUCAACCCAUGGGGCCAGAGCUUCGUUUCCGAGGCGAGGCCAUAGAUGCACUUCAGGAAUCGGCAGAACCAUAUCUGAUCCAUUUGUUCCAGGAUUCAAUUUUAAGUGCGCUUCAUGGGAAACGUUUGACCACAAUGCUUAGGGAUCUUCAGUUGGUCAUGCGCAUCCGAGAAAGAGAGCAACAGAGGAAGGCAUGUGACAUAAAUGAGAUGGAGUAUUGAAUGACGUUGUGUUAAGAUGGUGAUAAAUAAAUUGUGUCAGCGUUUUUUUAUU